AGAGUUCAGAGUGGGGAAGGAACCUUGACAAUGGUGAAUGGGAUGGAGUAAACUGGGAAUUUUUUUUUUAUUUCUAAAGACAUUUUGCUGGGGGUUCACGGCUCCUUUUUGAAGAGCUAUACAAGUAAUUUGAUAAGAUGGCUGGUACCAGGCCAUGCUGAAAAGGAAGAGAAGCUAUAGAGAAUAUGGUUGAAUACUUGAGAAUUCCUUAAAUGUCAUUAAAACCACUGCAAAUUAGAGUGAUGAUUAUUUCACUCCGUUUUAGGGAGGUGUGAUUUUCAGCACGUGUGUGUGUUGUACUGUGAAAGUGUUAAUGGUCUUCUGUCUCUUUAAGAAGAUCUCUGCUCUGUGAUGUCUGUUCAAGUGAGGUUAAGUGGCAAUGUGCUUUAACCAGUGAGCAUGUAACUAAUGGGGAGAGGUUUGUAAUUUCCUGACAGCUCAUAAACGGCAGAAGCGGCUUCUAAUGCACUUUCUCUGCUGUGAGAGAAAAGGGGUCUGCUGAUAAUUGUCCAAGAUUUUGAUCUGAUGGUAUCCCAGAAAAUGAUGAGGAUCAGGGGUUGGCUGAUUGGGCGUGGAAGAAGCAGCCUUAUUGUUACUCUCCUGUGGGCAGCACUGGGAAUAAAAGCCACAGGAUGUGACAUGCUUGAAAUCAUUUACCCAUCAGCCAGCUUUAUCCUUAGAGAAGGAGAUCCCCUGACCUUGAAUUGCAUAGUGUGGCAUCAACAGAAACAGCCUUCAGAUCUGAAGGUCUACUGGUGUAAACUGGCGGAAAAUCAGAACAGCUGUGCUAGGGUUCGCAAAGAGCUGGAACGCUUGCUAUCAACAGAGCACUUAAAUCCCCAAGCAUGGGUCAGCUUGUCUCUGCUCCUGCAGAUUCAUAAUGUCAGCCGUUCAGACAGCGGUGUUUACCAGUGCAGAGCCAAUGCAAGUGACCAGACUGCUGUGGGUCACUAUAUCAGAGUGAAUGUAACAGGGAGUCCAGAGGCUGUCUCCCAAGGCAGCAAAGCUCUGAGGAUGGAUUCCUGGCUGGAAAAGACAUGGGCACUGAUCAUGAUACUCUGGCUGACCCUUUCUUAAAAGGAAAUUAUUUGCGGGGACAUAUAUAGUGACCCAUUAUUCCAAGUCCUCGUCAUUACCUUCAUUUUGUGCAGUUUCCCUGAAUCCCCUCCCAACACAUGGCCCAGAUGUGGCCAAUUCUGGCUGACUUCCUUCUUUUCCUAAUUAAAGUGGUUCAAGGGCCAGCUGACAGCACAGUGUCUGCAGUGGUAGGUACCAGGGCUGUGCUGAGAUGCCAUAACACCUCAGUGUCAUCUCUGAUUUCAGUAGUAUGGAAAAUAAGACCAAAGACUGGAAGUCACUGCUUGUUGGCAUAUAGAGCUGAUACCAAUAAGACAGACAAAACAAAUUGCAAUGAGAGGAUGACUUGGGAAUCUAGUCCUUAUCAUGACCCUGCCCUUCAGAUUCACCCUGUGAGACUUGCUGAUGAGGGUAAUUACACCUGUGAAAUUGCAACCGGCGAUGGGACUUUUUGCCUAGUCUCUGCUCUCACUGUGUUAGUCCCUCCUGCGGUGACUCUGACUCAUGAUAGCAGCGGGGUUGUUGUGUGCCACGCGUCUGCAGGGAAACCAGCUGCAGAAAUCUCAUGGGCUCAAGGGAAUGGUCGCAGCAUAGAGAACAAAACUCAUCACACUAAUGGAACAGUGACCACACUCAGCAGCAUGUCUAUGAUCAAUAGCACGAAUGCUCACGUGACCUGCUUAGUUAUCCAUCCAGCCAUGAACCAGACCCAGACUAUAGAACUAUCACCCAAACUUUCUGCAGACAUGACACUUUCACCCAUACUCCAUUAUUUCCUGAUAUGCACCUCUUCAUGUGUCGCUGUUGCAGUUGUUGCUCUGAUUUUAUACCGGACUUUAAAAUGCAGAGCCUCCUGGUUAGCUGGACUGGCAGAUACUGCCACAGUGCCAAAUACAUACAAUUGAAAUGCUAGAUAGAUACAGCAUGAAAAUACCUACCAAAGGUUUGGCCCCAUUGAAGUUACUGAAGAAAACACCCAUGGACUUCAGUAAGGUCAGGAUCUUAACUCAGGUUUUCACUGUAAUUUUGCGGUGGUAGUGAUGCCACAGUAUCUCUAGACCUUAUUGUUUUUUACUCAUCAUGCUGUCUAGUUUCAACCAUCCUUGUUCAGCAACUCUCUCUGUCAUCUUAUUAUCUACACAGCAGCUUCAUUACCCUCUACGGAUUAAUAACAUUCAGAAUUAUUAUUGCACUUGUGCAGGCUGGCAGGGAUAUAUUAAACUAUGAAGCCUGAUAUGAACAGUGAGGAAUAGAGGAAGGUAACAAACUGGCUAAACCCUGAGAGGUGAGGAGCACCUGUUGAGCUUGCAAAGCUCCCUUUGGUCAGUGGGAGUUUCAGGAAGUAAGUCGGUGUUCAGCUCCUCUCAGGACCUGGCAUAAAGCGAGUACAUUGCAAAUGAAGAAAUAUCUCCUUAUUCAGGGAUGUUUGCAUGUAAAAGCAGUGAGUCUACGUAUAGAACUAAAGGAAAAUCUGGGGGGAUUUUUCUUUCUGCAAUAGUCCUAUUCCAGGUCUCUGAGAGAGAGAGAGCAUUUAAGCAAAAUCGCCAAAUAUUAUUUGAUUACUUCUUAAUGGGAACAACAAUUCUGCUUAAGCAGAUGCCUUUGUGUGAUUUUUGUGCUUAGAUUUUUUGUUUUGUCUCAUGCUUCUGCAGUUUGUUUGCUCCCAAUGCCUUUCAGUAGCAGUGAUACACACUGAAUUGCUUCGCUGCCUAUUCCUACCUGUUGUUUUAUCUCCUUCCAGGUUGGUUACUGUUGGGCCGUUACUCUGGAGGUCAAUCUGCUGUCCCUGGCAUGGGGAAAGCCUCACGCACAGAUCCUAACCCAGUGUAGCUAGUCCCACUCCCGACUCCCUGGGUCUGAUCAGUAGCACAAUGGGCUGUGCAGCUUCUCAGACAGCAGCGUUACUAUGAAAGUAAAACAGCGACUUUUGUUCAUUGUAAAUUCCGCUUAAUGAUGGCAGCGACCCAUCAGAGUGUCCCAAGCAAGAGAAUUUCACCAUGUCCUCAGUUAUGUUAUACUGUUAGCGUCAGCAUUUUAUAAACAGCUUUGCAUGUUGCUGUUGCAAAGUGAAGGAGAGUUAUUGUAUCUGUGAAAAGAUGCCUGCUGGGCUCACCCUGCAUUAAAGGUCUGUGCUCUUUACAACAAUUCUAGGUGGGUGGAAGGACAAUGUCUGAGUAGGAGGUGAUUUGGCCCAAACCCCCCAGCAAUAGCUACACCACAGUUUCAUGUCCUGAGUCAUAUAGUCUCAGACAAGUACAAAUGUUGCUGUCCUAAACCGUGAUAUGUGGAAGGGGAACGAGAUUACAGGGCCUGAACUGAACAGGUCUCUCAUUCUUUCCUGUAAUAGGUUGGUAAUUUACGACAUGGUGGUGGUGGUGGUGGUUGUUGGUAUUCUCAUAGUAUGUAGGCAGGGGGGCUGGAACAACUUGUAUAGUGGAAGUGCUGAGAGCCAUUGAACCAAACAAACCCUGUAUAUAUGAUGGAAACCACUUCAAGUCGGGGGUGCGGCAGCACCCCUAAUUCCAACACUUAUGUGUGUAGGAGUCUGAGUCAUGGACCAUGUCCUCACUAAGCUGCUGUAUUUCUCUCCACCCUCAAGUGUCACCAUCUCUGCCCCAUCUCUUCAUUCAGAGUAAAUUGUGAUGGAACUUCACAUGUCAUUGUCCUGAUUUCAUCCAUUUCACUUUGGUCUGUAUUUGGGAUGUUGUAUAAAAAUCUGCUUAAUGUAUUGAUUUUUCUUUGUAUUGCAGACUGGGAAUAACCUCAAACUCACAUCCAGGCCUGGGACAGUUAACACAACUAACUCUUCCACCGUGGAAAGUAUCUAUCAGAAUUACAGUGUACAGAACAUACAUAAAAAGGUUAAUUCUCUUAAAACAUAAAGGCAAAGAGUCUAGUCCUAGCUCAGCUAUUUUCUGUAUCAAGAAUAUCUAACACAUCCUGGGACUAUUUUGAAAUGGGGCUAGAAGUCCUGCCCCACACACAUAUACCUGCUCCAAAAAUUCUGUCCUUUCUGUCAGGAAGACUUGGCUUUGAUCCACCUAUUGCAGAUUCCUCUCUGAGUUGCUGAAUUACUUUUCUGUGGUUGGCCUUUAUAAAUUGAAGGAGUUCUUAUUGUCUACAUCACUCCAGGAAAAUGGAGGCAGAAAGACGGGUGGGGAUCAACAUGUUUUAGUAAAUUUUCUCCCUCUUUGGAUGUCCAUAAAUACCUUUGUCUGAAAUGUUAAGGCCCAAGCUUCAAAAACGUUCAUCAAAAUGUCAUCUGUAAGCUGGAGCCUUGGUCAUGCAAAAUGAAUACCUGUGUGCCUAGUUGCCAGCCGACUGUGAAAACAUGGGAAUUGCAUUUUGACAGUUGCACUACCCCUGGAAUCCUGUGGUGGAAACAAGUGAAACUAAGGACCCCCAAAACUCCUAAGGAUAGGGAGCCCACCCAUUGCAGAAAUGCAAUACUUGUCUAGCUGGCAGAAUUAAAAGAAGUUUUACUAGGUAGAAAAAAUGGUUUACAUUCAGAAUUAGCAACAUGUGACUGGUAGCAGCUGAUCUUACAUUAUAUCCUAUGACUUUUUUUUUCUUUUUUUUAAUUUUUCUGAUUUGUAUAGACCUUACAUAUAUAAUGACAGAAGCCAAACAAAUGCAUUUGCACCUGAUCUGUAAGUGGGAAUGAGUGAUGGGCAACACUGAAAAGUUUCGUUCAAGUAAACAUCUAAAAACCAUGAA